AUGGGCGCCACCGCCCUCACUGCCGUGUUCGGCGCCGUCUCUGGCGUCGGCUGCGCGGCGUUCGCGAACGGCUUGCGCAAGCUCCCACCGUUUUCACAACCCUGGAAGCACGCCGUGGCGGCGGGCGUCGGUGCGGCGGCGUUAAUGUACAACGCGGAUUUGGAAACGUCGCUCAAGGAGGACGUGGAGCGCUUGCGGGCGACGCGCGCCGAGCAGAACGCGGAGUACAUGGCGGAGAUACGGGCGAAGCGAUAA